AUGUCAUUUUAAUGAGAAAACAUUUUAAGAUGAAAAAAAUACUCAAACAGCUGUAGCAUAACAUAUAUAAGUAAUUAUGGUUAGUCUUAAUAAUUCGUUUUUAUAUGGAAUAUGCUUUGCUUCAGCUACCUGGUUAAUUUCUCUUUAUUUAUAUUUUCAAAUAAUAAAAAAUGAAAGUUCACCAACAAAAGUUCCAUAUAGUUUUCACUACACAAGUACAAAUAGUAGUAAAAGUAAUAAAUUCGAACCUACACACCAUAGUUUGCGACAAAUUGAACUUAUGACAGACAAUGAAUUAAUGGACAUUGGAAUGAUUAGGAAUUUGAAAGAUCAAGAAGUUAAAGACGAAGGCUAUAAAGUUCAUGCAUAUAAUGUGUUAAUUAGUAAUAGACUGAGCUUAAAUAGAAGCAUUCCAGAUACAAGGAACCAACUGUGUAAAGAGAAAGUUUAUCCUGACAAUCUUCCAAAAGCCAGCAUAAUUGUUUGCUUUUACAAUGAACAUUUUAGAACACUUCUCAGAACAAUUUAUUCCAUACUCAACAGGACACCUGAUAAAUUGUUAGAGGAAAUAGUGCUUAUAGAUGAUGAAAGUGACAUUGAAAAUUUACAUCAAGAUUUAGAUGAGUAUAUAAAAAAGAAUAAUUUGAAAAAAGUCAAGUUGUUUAAGACUGAUAGAAGAGAAGGGUUAAUCAGAGCUAGAUUGGUUGGUGCUAGGAAAGCUCAAGGACAGGUUCUUAUUUUUUUGGACAGUCACAUAGAGGUAAACAAUGGAUGGAUAGAGCCUCUUCUUUCUCGAAUCAAAGAAAAACGAUCAAAUGUGGUAAUGCCAAUAAUUGAUAUUAUAAAUCCAGAUACAUUUAACUAUUCUGGUAGUCCUCUUGUUAGAGGCGGUUUCAACUGGGGAUUGCAUUUUAAAUGGGAAAAUUUGCCCACAGGUACUUUACAAACAAAAGAGGAUUUCGUCAAACCGAUAAAAUCCCCUACAAUGGCUGGCGGUCUAUUUGCGAUUGACAAGAACUACUUCAUCGAUAUUGGCGAAUAUGACGCUGGUAUGGACAUAUGGGGAGGAGAGAAUCUAGAAAUAUCAUUUAGGAUAUGGAUGUGCGGGGGGUCAUUGGAGUUAAUACCAUGCAGUAGAGUUGGUCAUAUUUUUAGGCACAGGAGGCCCUAUGGAUCACCCGAUGGGAAGGAUACUAUGCUGCAUAAUUCGUUAAGAGUUGCUCAUGUAUGGAUGGACAAUUACAAGGAUUUCUUCUUGAAACAACGUUCGGAUUCCAAAAACGUCGAUUACGGCGACAUCUCAUCUCGACUACAGCUUCGUAAAGAACUGAACUGCUACGAUUUCGACUGGUAUCUAAAACACGUGUAUCCCGAGCUUCCUCUGCCGAGCGAAGAUGGCGAACGGUUGAGAAAGAAAUGGUCAGCCUUGGAGAGAGACUCGUUCCAGCCUUGGCAUUUAAGGAAACGAAACUACGUCGAUCAAUAUGAGAUAAGACUGCAUAAUAGUAGUUUGUGCGUACAGAGCGAGAAAGAUAAAACUAAAGGAAGUUCUUUGGUGUUGAGACGUUGCUUACGUACUAAGAACCAGAUGUGGUACGAAACAGACAAGAAUGAACUAGUUUUGGCUCAGUUACUCUGCCUCCAGUACGGUAAAUCAGCUCCCAUUCUGUACAAAUGCCACGAAAUGGGAGGAGAUCAAGAAUGGAAGCACAAAGGAGGGAAAGAAACACCUAUUUACAAUCUGGCAGCAGGAACUUGCCUGGCAGCCGAAAAGAAGGCAAUAAAUGCUUCCGUCGUCAUGAAGUUGUGUUCCGAUCCCAUUUUAUCCACUUGGGAUCUAGUUUGAUAAUAAAAAAGUUGCAUUGAACAACUGUUCGAUGUCCGCUUAGUCUAUAUUGAUGAUCAAAUUUGUUAAAAAGUGUAACCCAUCUAUAAGAAACAAUAUGGUCCGUGUGGAUUAUCAUCCUGGCACCUUUAUUGCAGUUUUUAUAUACUGCACGCUAAAUUGUGAUAUUCUUCUGAAGUUUAUUUUCUUAAAACGCAUUAAUGAUACUUUCGGAAUUUUGUCCACACUGCAGUUAAUUCAAAAUCAGAAAUGUAACUUGUUAAUAAUUUGUUUACAAUGUUUGUCUUGUUUUAAUGCUAUUUUUCCAACAAAUUUGUGGACAAGGUAGAAGAAAACCCGCUGGAUCCCGGAUUUACUUAAGUCUUUCUUCAAAUGCCAUGAGCCUUCUUAAUCGGACUGCUUUCGUUUUCAGAAUUAGCAAACGAUCUUUUCGUAUUUACUUAGAUGUACAUAUUUUCUAUAGAUGGUUACACUUUUUAAAGAUAUCUUUUUUUUUGUAUCAAUACUCAAUCUGUUUUUAGACUCUCUAUAUUAGAAAUGCUCAUUUCAACAUAAAUUAGUUUUUAAAGUGGGCCAAAGAAAACAGUCGAUUCUUAUAUUUGCUCGAAGCAGAUCGAUUUUGUCUCAAUUUUUGCGACAAGUAUUAAUUUUUUAAAAUUGUUACACCUUUUAAAAAAUUUAACGUAACGCCUAUGUGUCGCUAAUGUGUCAAAUAUUUUCCAUCGUAUCAUAAAUUGUCUUAAAACGAAUUUUGCAAGAACUAGUAGACAUACCGUAAAAACAAUUAAGUCAAUUGAAGCCAUUUCACAGUCAAUAUGAAGUCAUUUCCAGUUUUUAACUAAUAUGGAAACAAUCUCAAUUUUUAGAUUUAAAAAAUCUAUACUAAAUUAGUACCACAUUAUCAAUCGUUCAAAUGACUACUUACAAACUUUUUCAAAAUUCGUUUUAAAGCAGUUGUUGAAGUAAUGGAAAAAAUUUAAUAUUUUAGCCAAACAUAGGCGUUAAAUUUAGUUUUUAAAAGGUGUAACACUUUCACUUAAUUUAAUAUGGAAAAAAAUCCUGGAUCUCCAUGGUAAAUACUGCAUUCAAUAGCCUCUGUAGUGAUAGACCACACAUUUUAUAAUAUGGUAUAUCAUGAUAUAACAACCUAAUACCAAAACACACAUGGUAUAUUCUAUAUUUAAAAAUAAGGGUUGUGAAACUACAAGAGGAGGCGUUGACAAAUGGCAGAUGUCGGUAUCGAUAAAAGUAUCGAACUGUUUUCAACGGGCCACUCUGUUUAUACAGGAUGUAUCACACUCAGCAGAAAGUAAUUUGCUGCAUAAAUAGAUGUUGAUAUUAACGAUUCCUCUGGUGGCAGCCCUACAGAGAGAUUAAGUUGCGUCACGGAAAGUUUACAGGUUCACGUAUCUAGGAGCCCAUUUUUUAAUUUUUACUUCGUUUAAACGCACCUUUUACGUCAAAGUGACGUUGCCAGUGGUGUGUACUAGCUAGAAUAGGUAGAUUAAAAUUAAAAUAUCAAAAUAUUUUACAAAAUGAAAAAUAUAGAAAACAGUUUUUUGAAUAAAAUGGAUUAUGAUCUUAAUAACGAAAAUAAAGAAGUCUUUUUUUU